AUGGACAUCACUAUUGGCGUGUUGGCUCUGCAAGGAGCUUUCAACGAACAUAUCCAAUUAUUAAGAGAAGCCGGUCAGAUUGUCGCCUCCAAAGAAAAUAAUUCCCAGAAGAAAUGGAUUUUCAAAGAGGUCCGGACUGAAGCAGAACUCACAUCAUGUGAUGCUCUGAUCAUUCCCGGAGGAGAAAGUACAGCGAUCUCUUUGGUGGCUCAAAGAUCCAACAUGUUAGAACCUCUGAGACAUUUCGUCAAAGUGACAAGAAAACCAACUUGGGGAACUUGUGCAGGUCUGAUAUUACUUGCCGAAGCUGCGAACCAGACCAAGAGAGGCGGCCAAGAGCUUAUAGGCGGCCUUGAUGUGCGAGUUAACCGCAACCAUUUCGGCCGGCAAGUUGAGAGUUUUCAAGCCAACCUCGACUUACCCUUCUUACAGAAAGCAGAUGGCGACGGCCAGGAUGUCGAGACAAGCCAAAAGCCUUUCAGAGCAAUCUUCAUCCGAGCUCCCAUUGUAGAGAAGCUGCUUCCGCGCGUUUCUGGCAUCCAACAGGAUGAGGCCAAAGCCGAAGAAACAGUCAUCGCUCCAUCCCGGGCUAUGGACGAGAGCGUGGCGAAAGACAUCACGCUGGCCGAUGUGGAGAUCAUGGGAGUGCUACCGGGCCGUACUGCGGCAGUGAAAGACGAUGGGAUGGAGGAGAAGCUGGAUGCGGAAGCUGGGGAUAUCAUUGCUGUUCGACAAGCCAAUGUGUUUGGUACGAGUUUCCAUCCGGAACUGACAGGCGAUCCAAGGAUUCAUGUUUGGUGGUUGGAGCAAGUGGUCGAGGCUAUCGGGCGAAGAAAGAAGAGCUGA